AUGUCAGCCACAGAGCAGGACCUGGCAUUGGGCAUCAUUUGUCACUACCUGGAAGGGUACAGCCAGCACCUCGGGCAGGAGAAUGCUAUGGACACAGACAUCAGCAUGCAGAAGCUCCUGGAGUCCCUGAGCCUGGCACCGGAGCAGGUCAAGAAGAAGACCCUCCUCUUCCGCCUCUUUGGGCUGAUCCUUCGUGAGUGCACUAGUGUGGCACUGGUGAAGAGCCACCUCGCCCGUCUUCUGGAGCUGUCCCAUCAGGACUCCAGCCAGCGGGAGGACAUCGCACUGGCUGUGGGCCUGACAUCCACUAUGCACCUGGAGGAGGUGUGGACCCUGCUGGAACACAUGGGCAGCACCUGGUUCUUGAGGUGGAGAAAACUGUCCCCUGAAGGACAGGAUGAUGUUCUCAAAGCCAGUUUCCUUUCGGCUGCUGUCCUGCUCACCAGAGUUCUCAGGUAUGACUAUGGCGUCCAGAAGUACAAGUACACCCAGAUACCAGAGUUCAUUCAGUGUCUCCUGUGUAUCCUCCAGGAGCCCAACUUCUUAGCCACUCUCUUCCGGCAGAAGAUCAUCUUGGUCAUUGUGGGGCUGAGCAAUCUGCGGCCCAGCCUCCAGCCCUGGGUCAAGUCCAAGGUCCUAGAAGUCUGCCUGCGAAGUGUGUAUGUUCUGCCCCCUACAGAGGAGCUACCCAGCAAUUGGCCUUCACUGGACCCAUCCCCUGUCAUCGAUAUGCUAUACAGGAAGACAGUGCGUGCCCUUGACCUGCUCCUCCAGAGCUUCUUCUCUGAGAACCCCAGCAUGGAUGAGGCUUGCUUCCUCCUGCAGCACUUGGAACACUGGCUGCAGUCAGAUAAGAGCCAUGAGCGUCAGCGGGCUGUGCGAUCCAUCCUCCUGCUUCUGAAGUAUGUGGUGGACACCCUAAAUUCCACAGAAGAGGCCAUGCCUUCUGCACUGGGCCGCCAGCUAGGCCUGCUGACAUUGCUGUGGUGGGACAGGGAUGCAGAGACCCAGAGCCCUGCCCACCAGUGUGUCUAUCUACUCCUGCAGCUUUCCGUGCAGCAGAAGGGGAGAAUGACAGGUCUGUACCAGAGCAAGGCGAAGUGCUUCAAGGUCAGGACCUCUGGAAAAGGGGAGGCGGAGCUCCAACACUUGGUAAAGGCCUUUGACAAGGUCCUGAGUGUGGCACAGCACACACAGCUGGUGCUCACGCUGCUGCACAGCCUCAGAUGCUGCAGCCUCCUGCAGUCUAGGCUAGCCUCCAAGCUCCUCCUGUGGAUCUUCCAGGGCCCAGGCAUCAAGCUGGAGCAGGUGGCCGAAGUCCUGCAUGGCCUCUUCCAGGAGCUGCCAAGCAUCCACUUUAAGAAAGCCCAGGAGGCCAUGAUGAAGGCCAUGAUGGCUCUGGGGACCCAGCACACACUGGAGGUGACUGAAGUGCUCCUGUCCUUGUGCCACCCCUCAGAGAGGCAGACCUUAACCCUGUGGAUGGCCCUGGCUGCCAACUGCCAGCUGGCUCGAAAGGUCAUGACCCUGCUCUACAUGAAGCUCAAACUGCGCCCCACUGGGGAGGUCAUCCAGCCUACUCACCAGGUCCAGCUCAUCUCCCUUCUGGCCUUGGACACCAUUUAUGAGCUCCUCUACACCCAAGAGUACAGGACUACAGUCCGCUGGGCCUUUGCAGGGAUCCUUCUGGGCCUGCUCACACAGCUACACUACCUAUUAGAGAUGGACAUGGUUGAAGGCUUCUUGGACUACCAGGAAGACAUCCUGGACUCCAAGCCCCUUGGGCCCUGCAGGACCUGCCUAGAAGCACUGAAGGGCCUCUUCUGGACCACCCAGUACUGGGAAGUGUUCGCCCAUGUCAAGCUGCUCAGGGGCUGGGAGCUCUUUGAGCACCUGGAGACCUACACAGAGGGAGUGACCCUCCUGGCCAGGGCCAUGGCCCUUUAUGAUUGUGAGGUCAAGGCUGUCUUGGGGCAGGCCAUCAUCUCCCUGAAGAGCACUGAGACACGAGACAACAUCAUGGCCAUCCUCAUCAUUGCAGAGUUUCUCAACAGCCCAGAGGUCUCUAAGCAUGUGGACCAGAGGGCCAUGAACAGCCUUCUUAGCCUGGGCCUGAACAGCCCCAACUGGCUGGUGCGGGCCAUGAGCCUGAAAGGCCUCAGCAGCACCCUGAUGAACCCCAAGAAGGAGAGGGCAGAGGUGCGUGGAAAUGCCAUCUUCCUGUUUGGGGAUGUCAUCCACAGCCGUGGCAGGAAGUUCCAGCAGCUGCUCAAGAACUUGGCCUUCCAGGCCCUGGUUCCUCUGCUCGUCCACCUGGCUGACUCCUGCCAGGAGGUGGUCAUGAGGACCAAGUUCACUUUCUUUCGCUGCGCCAUCUUGCUGAAGUGGGAAUUCCAGAAGGAGCUAUUCAGCAAGUUGACAUGGGGCCAAGGCCUGGGAGCUGAGUAUAAUAUAUUUAUGUACAUGGUGGAGAGCAACUUUGGCAGCCACCACCAAUUUCUCAUGCAGGCCCUGACCUACCUGCGCAGCCGGCAUAGGAACCUGAAGCUGGCAGCCAUGAAGUUCAUUGGGGGCAUGCUGCAGGAGUACUUUCUGGACCUUUGCCUCCGCCUGAAGAAGAGUGACACAAAAACCCUCAAGAAGUAUUUCGAUGCCCUGCAGGAGGACCCAGAUGAUUUGUGCCGCAGGUUCUACCUGAGCUUCUCAGGAGAUAUCAUGGAGCUGUCCCACUAUGUGGCCUAGAGCAGGGCUCAGCAGCUACUCAGCCCAUCCUUUCCCUGUCCUUGUUGAGUUCUACUUUUAUUAAAUGCUGACAGGAUGCACCCUGACCUGGCUCUGGCUGCCCACACCCCUGCAUAUAGCCAUAUGUGCAUGUGGCCUGGGCUCUCCCCUCUGCCCAGACACCAGCAGCUGAGGGUAUGGGGGAGCCCAGGACAUCUUCCACAGCCCCUCCCCACCCUCUCCUAUUCUUAGCAUUCCUGGAUGGUCCCACAUGUUGCCUGGUCUAGGCGCCAGCCUCUCUUAGGGCUCCAUCCACUCCCACUCCUCAGCCCAAGUGGAACCUUCUCUGUUCACCUCUGAACCACAUCUGUCCUGCCCGAAGGUUCUUGGUGAUC